ACGUCGUUUCAGAGUUCAAAGCGACGAGAAUGAGAGGAAGCCUCGAGAUGGAGGCAGGGGGGGUAAUUUAAUGCAAAAAAUAUCAAAUUGACGCGUAAUUUGAAGACAGUUGACAUUUCAUUUUCAGAAAGAGAGACUACAACAGUCUCCACAAGGAAGAGUCGUGUGUUAAAUUUAGAUAUAUAGACUCAGUCAGCACUGGAUAUUUUGGGUGAGUUUCUCAAGUAUUGACCGGGCGCCAUUUAAACACGCUUUGCGGGAGACAGGGAAGAAAUAACCGCUCUCAGCCAGCACACAAUUAUCUGCUUCAGUGGACACAUUCUGCUCUAAAAUAAACGCUUAUUUUUUAAAAGGAUAUUCUAUUCUCAUUUUGGUAGACGGCGGAAAUGUGCCGUGUUUGUGAGGGCCCGUGGUAGCGCCAGGUAUUGUGUGUUAGCUGGCUAACGGCUAACAGCUAACAGUCCUCGAACUGAAGAGACAUUUACGACCUCAAACAAGAGAUUACAGGUGUCAAACAUGGCGACCGACAUUGGCUCCCCUCCCCGGUUCUUCCACAUGCCCCGGUUCCAGCACCAGGCUCCCCGGCAGCUGUUCUACAAGAGGCCAGACUUUGCCCAGCAGCAGGCCAUGCAGCAGCUCACUUUUGAUGGCAAGCGUAUGAGGAAAGCUGUCAACCGCAAGACCAUUGACUAUAAUCCAUCUGUCAUCAGAUAUCUUGAGAAUCGAUUGUGGCAGAGAGAUCAUCGAGAUUUCCGUGCCAUUCAACCAGAUGCAGGCUGCUACAAUGAUCUUGUUCCUCCAGUUGGUAUGCUUAGUAACUCUAUGAAUGCUGUUACAACAAAGUUUGUCAGAACCUCCACCAACAAAGUCAAAUGCCCUGUUUUUGUUGUGCGGUGGACUCCUGAAGGCAGGCGACUUGUAACGGGUGCCUCCAGCGGGGAGUUUACUUUGUGGAAUGGGCUCACGUUUAACUUUGAGACAAUUCUGCAGGCUCAUGAUAGCCCUGUCAGGGCAAUGACCUGGUCUCACAAUGACAUGUGGAUGUUGACUGCCGACCAUGGAGGUUACGUGAAGUACUGGCAGUCCAACAUGAAUAACGUCAAGAUGUUCCAGGCUCACAAGGAGGCGAUUAGAGAGGCCAGUUUCUCUCCUACGGAUAAUAAAUUUGCCACUUGCUCUGAUGAUGGAACUGUACGCAUCUGGGACUUUCUGCGCUGUCACGAGGAAAGAAUUCUGAGAGGACAUGGAGCAGACGUGAAGUGUGUUGAUUGGCAUCCCACAAAGGGUUUGGUGGUGUCCGGCAGCAAAGACAGCCAGCAACCUAUCAAAUUUUGGGACCCAAAGACUGGACAAAGUUUGGCAACACUACAUGCGCAUAAAAACACUGUCAUGGAGGUGAAGUGGAACCUCAAUGGCAACUGGCUGUUGACAGCGUCACGUGACCAUUUAUGCAAACUGUUUGACAUCCGCAACCUCAAAGAGGAGCUACAGGUUUUUAGAGGACACAAGAAAGAAGCCACAGCUGUUGCCUGGCACCCGGUUCAUGAAGGCAUGUUUGCCAGUGGAGGCUCUGAUGGAUCACUGCUGUUUUGGAAUGCAGGUGUGGAGAAAGAAGUGGGAGGAAUGGAGAUGGCUCAUGAAGGAAUGAUCUGGAGUUUGGCCUGGCAUCCACUGGGCCACAUCUUGUGUUCUGGGUCUAACGACCACACCAGCAAAUUUUGGACAAGGAAUCGACCAGGGGACAAGAUGCGGGACAGAUACAAUCUGAACUUGUUGCCUGGAAUGUCAGAAGAUGGGAUGGAAUAUGAUGACAUGGAGACCAAUAAUGUUGCCGCCAUUCCGGGCAUGGGGAUCCCAGAAACGCUGAAGGCUGCCAUGGAACAAGAACAAACUGGAAAAGAUAUGGUAGCAGAGCCUGAGAUGAGCAUCCCUGGGUUGGACUGGGGAAUGGAAGAGGUUAUGCUGAAGGACCAAAAAAAGCCCCCGACUAAAAAAGUUCCUUAUGCAAAACCUAUUCCAGCUCAGUUUCAACAGGCCUGGGCAGAGAAUAAGGUUCCAGCAAUGGCUCCUGGAGAGGUUCCAAAAGAAAGGAAGGAUGAGAAGAAAGUAGAUGGCAAGAAGAAGACGCAAGCAGAGAUUGAGCAGGAAAUGGCUGCCCUGCAGUAUACAAACCCAAUGUUGCUCGAGCAACUGAAGAUGGAUCGAAUGGCACAAUUACAAGAGCAGGGAAUGCCUCCCCCUGCUGGACAGUCAGGCCCAGUGCCUCCCUUUCCAGGGCAGGGUGGCCCGAUGCCCCCUCCAACACAAGGCUUCCCUCAAUCUAUGCCUCCACAACAAAUGCCGCACAACAUGCCUCCAGUGGGACCAGGUGGAAUACCUGGUCCAUUCAUAUCUUCAGGCCAAAUGGGUCCACCAGGGCCUAUGCACCAGGGUCCUCCUCCACAGGGCAUGAUGGGACCUCCAGACAUGCAUGGACCUCCACGUCAUCCUGGCCCUCACAGGAACAUGGGACCCCAGGGUCCUCCUGGCAUGUCUGGCCCCAGAGGUAUGCAAGGACCCCCCCCUGGAGGAAUGCCCCCUGGUUCUGGUGGACCUCCAGGCGGUAUGAUGGGACCACCACCGCGAGGACAGGGGCCUCCACAGGGAGGGAUGAUGCAUCAGGACAUGAGGGGGCCCGUGCCUCAUGGAAACAUGAUGGGCCAUCAGGGGCCCAUGCAAGGGGGUAUGAUGGGGCCUCCACCCAGGACUCAUGGCAAUAUGCAGGGCAUGGGAAAUAUGCAUGGAAUGGGGCCUCCUCCAGGGGGUAUGCAUGGACCACCAAACAACAUGCAGGGGCCACCAGGAAACAUGCAAGGACCUCCAGGCAAUAUGCAGGGCCCUCCACCAUACAUGCAAGGCAAACCACCACACAUGGGUGAUGGAAACCGAGGACAGUUCAACCAGGGACAGAAUCCUGGGCCUCAGUCAAUGAUGCAUGGAAUGGGACAACAGGGUCCUAAUGGGAAAGGAGAAGCUCCUCGAGGACCUAACCAUCACAUGGGACCCCCAUCGGAGCGACAAGGCCCAGGAGGAGCUGGUCAGGGCUCUGAUGGAGGCCAGUACUGGGGUGAUGAUGGGGGUUAUCAAGAGGGCUGGAGAAGAGGCCCUGGGGGUUCGGGACAGGAAUACUCUGGAGGUCACAGAGGAAGCUCUGGAAGCCAAUGGGAGGGCCAGGAAAGGUUUUCUUCACAUGAUGGAGAGUACAUGGGACAUGACAGGUAUGAUGGGUAUGAGGGUUCUGGUGAGGAGUUUGACCAGAGGCAGAGACGGCCACCGCGCGGAGAUGAUUCAUACAGGAGAGGUGGCCCAAGUGGGCGUGGUGGAAUGGGCGGCUUCCAAGAAGAGUAUGGCGAAGAUGAGAGCUUUGAUUCCCAAGAAGACAUGGGCCAAGGAUGGGGAGGAAGAGGAAGACCACGUGGUGGACCACCAAGAGGAGGAAGAAAGGGGCUUCUCCCAACUCCUGAUGAUUAUCCCUCUCACUAUGAAGGAGGAAGAAACCAGGAGGGCUGGGAGGGAGGGCGAGAUUCAGGUAGAAGUCAUGAGAGUUAUCGGGAUGGUCAGCGGCCAGACCACAAUAUACAUGACAGUCCGUCUCCAGCCAGUAGAGAGCGUUCCUCCUCUCUACAGGGCAUGGAUAUGGCCUCGCUGCCCCCACGCAAACGCCCAUGGCAUGACGGACCAGGCACUGGUGACAUGGACUCCCCUGGUGCAGUGCCUGAUGACAGAGCAGGUCGGCCAUCACCAAGAGAGGAAGGCGGGUAUGGGCCUCCAUCACGGGGAGGAAGAGGUGGAUGGGGCCGUGGUGGGCCGCCUAACCCAGGGGGUCCUGGUCCCAAUGUGGGUCCAAAUGUCAGACGAGGGGCUCCACGCGGUGUUAUGAGGGGCGGUCGCGGGCGGUAGUAGUGGUCACGCCUGCUUCUCUGGGAACACGGAGGCAAAACCACAAUGAGGACAGGGGACAACAAAGAACCACACAUCGCUACAAAAUCAGCUUCCUUGAGGGUCUGGACAGUUUUGCAGGCUUGGACAGGUGUCUGGAAGCACUUCAGUAUAAAUCAGCGUGGAACCCUUAAUUGGUGGCUAAGGCUUAGCUUUUUCUCUAUGAUGUAUCAGGCGGAAGGUGGUGGGUACCGGUUAUCCAGGGCCAAAUGUGUUGGCUUAUGAUGCCUCUUGCCACCUGAUUGGUGUACUUGUGACACGUGGGAUUUGUUCUAACCUUACGUCAAUUGUGAGAAUAAUAACUGGGGACACAUCAUGGUGUGACAAGAACCAUCUCUUGUAAUGGACUUGUGUUUGUGGUCCAGGAAACUGUAUUUGUGAUGCAUGGUACAACUCUCUGUAGAUGCUUAAGAGAAAUCCCUUCCCUGCACUGAGCAGCUGACCUGCUUGGUGAUUCACUUGGACAAUGGCAACUGAAUUUGUACCAGCACCCGAGCCCCCUGUGUCUUUUCUUCUUCUUUUUGACCUCAAUGAUUCUGAUGUAUCAAACACAAAACAUAUUGUGUACCAUUGAAUUCCUCAGUCAGAUUCUGUCAGCCAGCAAAUGCAACUCAAUCUAGGUAAAGGCCUCUAGGCAUCGUCUUGAGGACUGUCUAUUACUAGAGAAAAAAUGGUCUUUUGAAUGUUUCGUUCCCCCAGUGACUGAGCAAUGUUUAUUUAAUUUCAUUUUUAUGUAAAAUAAUGGAGAUAAUAUUUCUGUAACAUUACCAGGCUACUCUGAGAGACGAAGCUGCAGACUUUGUUCCUAUGUGUACAGUUUGUCACAAAAUUGUCAUAUUGUUUUGUCCUUUUUUUGUAUGAAACCAUAAUAGAAUGUGCAAAAUUUAUGUAAA